CACACACGCUCUGCCUCGACCACACAGGGAGCCACUGGAACAUGCGAUAACAUUCCUUGCUUCCUUCUCCCAGUCUCGGCCUUUGACUUCUGCAAAUCCAUGGGAUAUUUCUGUAAAGACCCUCUUGAACCAGCAGGGUGGCCCCUCGGCUGCUGAGUCCUUGGUGGCGCGGGGAGACAGCCUGCACCUUGCCCGCGGCCACUGGUCCUGACCAUGACCCUUCACGCCAAAGCCUCGGGAAUGGCCUUGCUCCAUCAGAUCCAAGGCAAAGAGCUGGAGUCCCUCAGCCGCCAGCAGCUCAAGAUGCCCCUGGAGCGGGCCAUGGGCGAGGUGUACGUGGACAGCAGCAAGCCCGCGGUGUUCAACUACCCUGAGGGCGCAGCCUACGACUUCAACGCAGCUGCCGCCUCCGCGCCGGUCUACGGCCAGCCGGGCCUCACCUACGGCCCUGGGUCCGAGGCUGCGGCGUUCAGUGCCAAUAGCCUGGGGGGCUUCCCCCAGCUCAACAGCGUGUCGCCCAACCCGCUGAUGCUGCUGCACCCGCCGCCGCAGCUGUCGCCCUUCCUGCACCCGCACGGCCAGCAGGUGCCCUACUACCUGGAGAAUGAGCCCAGCGGCUACUCUGUGCGUGAUGCGGGUCCGCCUGCGUUCUACAGGUCCAACUCAGAUAACCGACGCCAGAGUGGCCGAGAGAGACUGUCUGGCAGCAAUGAGAAGGGGAGCAUGGAGUCAGCCAAGGAGACACGUUACUGUGCAGUGUGCAAUGACUAUGCAUCAGGCUACCAUUAUGGGGUGUGGUCCUGUGAGGGCUGCAAGGCUUUCUUCAAGAGAAGUAUUCAAGGGCAUAACGACUACAUGUGUCCAGCUACUAACCAGUGCACUAUCGACAAGAACAGGAGGAAAAGCUGCCAGGCCUGCCGGCUGCGCAAAUGCUACGAAGUGGGCAUGAUGAAAGGUGGGAUACGGAAAGACAGAAGAGGGGGGAGAAUGUUGAAACACAAGCGUCAGAGAGAUGACUUGGAAGGCAGAAACGAAAUGGGGCCCUCAGGCAACAUGAGAGCAGCCAACCUUUGGCCGAGCCCGCUCAUGAUCAAGCACACUAAGAAGACCAGCCCAGCCUUGUCCUUGACAGCAGAUCAGAUGGUCAGUGCCUUGUUGGAUGCUGAACCCCCCUUAAUCUAUUCUGAGUAUGAUCCUUCUAGACCCUUCAGUGAAGCUUCGAUGAUGGGCUUAUUGACCAAUCUGGCAGACAGGGAGCUGGUUCAUAUGAUCAACUGGGCGAAGCGAGUGCCAGGCUUUGGGGACUUAAACCUGCAUGAUCAGGUCCACCUUCUGGAAUGUGCCUGGCUAGAGAUUCUGAUGAUUGGUCUUGUCUGGCGCUCCAUGGAACACCCAGGGAAGCUCCUGUUCGCUCCCAACUUGCUCUUGGACAGGAAUCAAGGUAAAUGUGUAGAGGGCUUGGUGGAGCUCUUCGACAUGUUGCUGGCGACGUCGUCUCAGUUCCGUAUGAUGAAUCUUCAGGGAGAGGAGUUUGUGUGCCUCAAAUCUAUCAUUUUGCUUAAUUCUGGAGUGUACACAUUUCUGUCUAGCACCCUUAAGUCCCUGGAAGAGAAAGACCACAUCCACCGGGUCUUGGAUAAGAUCACAGACACCUUGAUUCAUCUGAUGGCCAAAGCAGGCCUGACUCUGCAGCAGCAGCACCGUCGCCUGGCCCAGCUCCUGCUCAUCCUCUCCCACAUCCGGCAUAUGAGUAACAAAGGCAUGGAACAUCUGUACAACAUGAAGUGCAAGAACAUCGUUCCCCUCUAUGACUUGUUGCUGGAGAUGCUGGAUGCCCACCGUCUGCACACUCCGACAAGCCGCAUGGGAGUCCCCUCAGAGGAGCCCAGCCAGAGCCAGCUGACCACUACCAGUUCGACUUCAGCACAUUCCUUGCAAACUUACUACAUCCCCCAGGAAGCAGAGGGUUUCCCCAGCACAAUCUGAGAGCUUCUGGGCUCCCCCCAAAGUUCUGAGAAUCCCUGCAGCAUUUUACUCAUGUCAUGCAUCACUUUAGCAGAAUUAUGUCUCCUGCGUAUACUCUGGCAUGCAUCUACCACCAGUGGCUUUCCAAUAUGAGUGGACACUCAUUUGCUUGCUCAGUUCCUAGUGGCACGUCUUCUGUUGGGAACAGCCAAAAAGGAUUCCAGGGCUAAAUCUUGGUAACAGCUCUCCUUCCCCCUUUGCUACAUUACUAAGAAUGAGGAUUCCUAUAGCUCUUCAUGACUGAACUCAGCCAAUGAGAGGACUGCAUUAAAGCUUCUUGUUGAGACCCAAGCCUGGAGAGUAGACAUUUCACCACUGAUAAAUGCUUUGUAAUGUCUCCAAGAAAAGCCUCAGGAAAGAAUUUAAAGUGGCUCCUUUAAUUGAAGCCCUAGGGAAAGGCAGCUCAAGGGCUCCUGAUAGCAUGCUCUUGUAUAUUCCUGUAGCAGAAUGUCACUUUAUUAAAGUGAUAUCAUGAUCAUUUUGACCCAAUGGCUGCAGCACAAGAUUUGGUGAUUCUCCAUUCAUUUCCCCUAUAGGAAUACAAAAUUCACACAGGGAGGGAACCGCCCCAGUGGUUAAGACCAUGUCGCUUUAAUGCACUGCAUCUUCAGGCUUCUGAAAUCUCAACUGCUUAGCACUACACACACGUCAUGAGUUUCACAUAAUUCUUGCUUCCCGUGGCCUGUGGAGAUCAACAAGUGGAUAUCAGUUAUGUUGCCCCUACACAGACCAGUCUCCCCUCAAGAGGGAUAAGUUCUAAGGUUUGUUUAGCUUUGUUUUGUUUUUGUUUUUAUUUUCAUUUUCAUUUUAGAAAAGAAAACCCUCUACCCCUGGGACUUGAGGCAACAGCAACCUGUGACUUGCUCUGGUGGGUCUCACAUUCAUCGGCAGAGGGUGCUCUACUUGGCUCUUCUUUGGUGUGAAUUGCCCUCAGUUGUUCCCAUAUAGAGAAAUCAAGGGCAGUUACAAGGAGCAGGCACCCCGGUGAUACAUAUUGUUUCACUUUGCUGUUUAUUGUUGGGGGAUGGGGCCCAAUAGUAGCUGUGUAUGAUAACUGUGACUCCUAGAGAACAGGAGAGAAAGUCGGGGGAAAACGGGAGAAACGUGAGACAGGUGCAGUGUGGUGGCCACAGCCUGGAGCUUCCCAGGGGUGCACUUCACAGCACCCCAUAAUGCACAGCGGGGCUGCCCUGGUAUCCCAGGGGUAAUUUGCCUCAUCUUUAUUUCCAGUGCAGUCUGAAUUGGAAGAGGCAGCAGUAGACCGGUUCCUGCAGUUGGUCAGGAGGUGGGGCAGGAAGCAGAGGAGCACUCAUGAUUCAGGCUGCUGCUCAGACUCUGGUGUCAUUAGUGACUCAGAGCUCAUCCCAAAACCAGUUAGUGCAGCCUUGGGAAGAAAAAAUCCCUCCCUCUCCGUAGCUCAUGCUCCUAAAGUUCAUAAACCAGGAGACUGAGACCAGAAUUGGGCCACAAAAAUCCUUUGGCCAGUGGAUUGAUAAAGAAAGGCUCACCCUGAUCACAGAGCCACCUUUCCCUGAGGCCUCGACCUUUCAGUGCAAUUAAGGGGUUAUUUUCUUUCCUUAACCAAAAUGGAAGUUUGUUUUCCUUCCCUGGCAUCAUGGUCUAUAAUUCAGACUCCACUGAGAUGUGAUAUGUUAGCCAACAACCCAAAUGAGUGGCUGGGCUUCUCUUGGUAUGUCCUGUUACGGAGUGCUGGGUACUAUUGAUUUCUGGUCUCUCGAUUAAGUGACUGCCAAAUAACUGGGAAACUGGGCAGGCCCCAAAUUUUUAAAAAAUCCAUUUUUUUCACAUAUGUGCAUCAAAUUUUGAGGUAAUUUUAUGAAUUUACAUUAAGAAUGUGUUUAGGAGCAUAUUUCUUUUGUUUGUG